UAUAGUCUGGGUGACCGUGCGGGCGCCACCGAAUACUUCCUAACCAGCUUUCUCCACUCCCGUCUGUUGUCUGCUAUUCUGAGAGUGUUGCUCAGUUUUUGGCCUGUCCACCCUGGGAUGUUGUCCUCCCAUCUCUUCCUCUGCCUUCCGCGCGCCUUCUCCCUCCACGUAGUGUGCAUUUCGGAUCGUCUCGGCACGUCCUGAUGAUCGUGAUACUUGCCCGUACCACUUCAGUUUGCAUUCUUUGCAAGAGGUCUUCAUAUUGCCCGUUUGCUUGUCUGAUCCUGUCCAUGAUUUCUUCAUUUGUGAUGUGAUCUUUGUAAGAGAUACAGAGAAGUCAGCGAAAGCAUCUCAUACCAAAGGCCUUUAUAUUUAUUUCAGAGUCUGCUGCUACUGCUAUGGUCCAUGAUUCACAGGCGUACAGGAAUAUGGAUAUAACCAAGGAGCGCAUCAGUUUGAUCUUUGAGUUGUGCGUAAUGUCCCUGCCCUUCCAGAUAGUCUAGAGUGUGGUGAGCGCUGUAGUGAUUUGGGCAAUUCUGGCGAGUAUCUCAGGUUUGGGCCCUUCGUCGCUGAAAAUGGCUCCGAGAUUCUGUUAUGGGUUAGAAUUAUCCUUAAAGCAGCAGAAUUUUCAGUCCUGAUAAGUCGGCUCUGUAAUUUUAAUUUUUCUAACCCAAAUUGCCUUUCUCGUUCUCUCUCUGUUCUUUCAUUUUCUAGUCAUUUUCACAUUCUCUUUCUCUUUGCAAUUUUUAUUUUUCUAAUUCUAAUUGAAAUUCGAAUUCCGUCAUUUUCACUUGUUCCACUAUUUGUUUCAGAAAGUCAUAUGGCUCAAAAAUAUUUUCUUCUAUAAGUUUUUUAGCGACCGUAACUUUAAUAUCUUGUUUACGCGUUGCAGAUUUAAUUUCAAAUUCGAGGUGUACAACAAAACUUUUCAAAUCAUCUUUUUUAAAGCAGCGUCGAACAUCUGAACAUUCGGCGAGUCAAUAAAAUCUGUUACCGAGAACAUAAUAAAUUCUGUAGUCUAUGAAAUUCAAUAAAUUCAGAAGAAAUGAAAUACAAAUCUUGAAAAUGGGAUGCGUAGAUUUUUUUUAUCCCGGACGAGCCCCCAAUAAUAAUAAAAUUUAUCUACAACUAAUAAUUGAAAGAAAAUUGUCACAAUAGCAAAGUACUAACUUACGUUAGUUGAACAAUAAAUAACAAAAUCCGUGCCGAACUGAAUCUACACACAAAAUAAUUAACUCCAAAAUCCUAGUUCCCAGUUAUGAAAUAACCCAAAUGCCGAAAGUGCUUGUCUAACCAGAGCUUUUUUAUCAUAAAAACAUUAUAGUACAUUUAUAACAAGAAUGACCCUAAAACAGAAAUCCGUGUCACGACAGACGUAGGAACGUUAAAGACCCCUCACUGCUACGACCCUGAGCGCUAACCAUACUUCACCUACAGCUGGCGACGUUUCAAUAUGAGUGAACAAUUUUCGACGGAACGUAAAACAAUCCAUCCUUUUGAUUGGUUUUGUGAUGUUUAGGAUAAUAGACAUAUGCUGGACAAACAACGCAGGUGAACCCUUGGAUUGAAUGAUCAAAGCAAAAGGGGAAAAGUUCUCCAAACGAAUACGUCAUAUAUGCUAUUCCAUACAAUUUGAACCCCAUUUUUUUCUGACCCUGAAUGCCUAUGUACAGGUCACACGCGAUUUACAGCGCAGUUUGAUCAGCGGAACAGAACUCGUCCAUCAUGGAUAUUUUGGGAUUAGCUGAGGUUCCCGGAUGGUUAUUGACAAUCUUUCUUCUCAUCCUCUCUCUUUACUUGUAUUCGAAGUAUAAGCUGAGUUUUUGGAGCAGACUUGGUGUGCCUCACCCAAAACCUACCCUGUUCCUAGGUCACGCCAAACAGAUGAAAGAUGGAAUUGGAGAAUUUGACUUGAAGAUGCUCACAAAAUACGACAGGGUAGUUGGGACAUACAGUCUUCAUAGACCCGCUCUGCUUAUCUUGGACCCGGAGUUAACACGUGACAUCUUAAUCAAAGAUUUCUUCAGCAUCCCAAGCGUAUCACAAGCAACAAAGCGACAUAGUGACCUUGGUCACGCUUUGACCAGAUUGACAGGAGAAAAGUGGCGCUUCACGAGGAGCACAAUUUCUCCAAUAUUUUCGUCAGGAAAAAUGCGAAAGAUUUCACCUAUACUUGCCGAGACAUGUGCCAGACUGCUCCAGAAUGUUGAAAACGAAACGAAUCACGGCCAUCCAAUUGAAUUCAAACGAACAUUUGGAAAUUUCACAAUGGACUCGAUUGCUGCAAUAGGAUUUGGAAUUCAUGUGAACGCUUACGGAGAAGAAAGUAACGAAUUUUUAGCGAACGCAAACUCUAUCUUCAACAACUUUAUAGGCUUGGGAGCAAAGAUUAAUGCAUUCCUGCCGCCCCUGUACAACAUUCUGUUUAGGUUAAGGGUGGACUUAGACGGACAACGUAAGACCAAUAUGUUCUUUAAAGGAUUGGUGGAACAGGCGGCGAACUUCAAAGGGGAUCCUCAGGAUAGGAUUGAUAUCCUUCAACUUUUGCUAAAUGCUCACAAAGACACAGAAGUUAGUGACACAGAGGAGUUUCUGGAAUAUGACGACAUAACAAAUAAUUGGAAAAAGACAGGACUUUCAAAGGCAGAAGUGACUGCAAAUUCCAUCAUGUUUAUGGUUGCUGGAUACGAAACGACUGCAAACGCUUUAACAUUUGCUGCGUAUUCCCUAGCAACACAUCCGGAAUAUCAAAAAAAAUUAAUCAUGGAAAUUGAUUCAACCAUUGAACAGGAGACACCGGAUUAUGACAACAUACAGAAGCUGGAGUAUCUGGAUUGUGUUUUUAAAGAGACAUUGCGUUUAUAUCCACUGAUCCAAAGAAUACCACGGGAAACUCACCAGGAAAUGAAUAUUGCUGGCUACACGAUACCCCCAAACACACCUAUAUCAAUCCCCAUAUAUGCUUUUCAUCAAAGUCCAAAGUACUGGGAAGAACCCGAAGUAUUCAACCCCGACAGGUUUUUAGAAAAGAACAAGUCCAAGUUGACGCCAUAUGCAUACCUUCCUUUUGGACUUGGACCGAGAACAUGCAUUGCUAAGAGAUUGGCUUACAUGGAAGCCAAAUGUGCCCUGAUAACUAUUCUACAGAAAUACAAGUUCAUUCCCUGUGAACAGACACAGAUUCCUGUUGAGUUGGAUGGCACAUUUAUUUUGAAGCCGAAAAAGGGAAUGGUUUUGAAACUCGAGAAACGAGAAACUCAACCGUUUCAGUAAACUUGAGGACAACGCGCCAACACGUACAGGCAUGGAUAUGUCCUGAAGCUAAUCAAUUUUAACAAUGGAACCAUGAAAAGAACGCCUCUUCAAAUAUGUGAAUGUAGAAGAUUGAUAUAGAACAAACAAUGGUAUAUAUUAAGUUAGUAAAUUAAGUUUUGAUUUCACACUUUAUAGCAAUGUAUUUCAGUUUUAUUUAUAUCUUCAUGACCAAUUGUCUUAUCAUCAUAAUUGUGUGUUUUUUAUUAUGUGAUGUCAGUUUCAAAUAAGACAUGAUUGUCUUUCUGGAAACAUUUUCAUGCAAGUUCUGAAAUGCAUUACGUUUAUACAAAGAAGAGGCUUUUAUAAGAAUACGGUUUGGUUCCAAUUUUUUCUUUUAUAUAUAUAUAUAUAUAUAUAUAUAUUUAUUUUUUUUUUUUUUUUUAAGUGAAACCAACUCAAAACUUAUUUUCAAAAUUGUUAACAAAUGCAAUUUUGUGAUUUGUGUUUGUUUUCGAGAAGAAUAUUUUAAAGAUAGCAUUGCAAUGCAGGACAGCAGUAUGAACGUAUUAUAGAACCUAGUUUUGUCUAUUUGGCUUGACCUGGCCUUAAAUUUGACCUGAUCCUACCUUUGGCCCCGACCACAAUUUUGGCCUGACCUCAAAUUUUGCCUCUACAAUGUGUUGACCCUAACUAUUUGCUUUAAAUUGUGAUUGAUUUUAUUGAUUUGUUUUAGUUUUUCAACGUCUUAGCACACUCGGGUUCGUGUUAUUUUGCUUAUAGGAGUUAUAAAAUUAAUCGCUGUUCGUUAUCUUCACCUUUCACUAUUUUCUGAUUUACAGUCUUAUAUAAACCUUCUUUGUCUUGUAAAUUUGAUCAAUAUUUCAUGAAUACGAUUGGAUACAUUAUUAAGGUUAUCUAUAAUCGUUCAUGGUAUAAAGUAUAAUACUGUUAUCAACAUGCGCAUAAAAACCUCCUUUGUUGUGGUUAUCAACUUUAAUGGUAUGUUUCACUACUUCACAACCUGCUAAUCAAGUAUACAUUUUUCUUUCCGCUAACUUCCUUUUUUCACUCAGCCAAUAAAGUAAACGUUUUCUUUCCCGUAAUGAACGUUCUACACCCACAUUGAUUAGCUUUAUUUUACCCCUCCGAUAAGCACAUUGUUUUUGCUAAUCAUGUUUUGCUUUUCUUCUGCUAAUGAAAUAUCCUUUACUUAUCAUUCUAAUUAACUUUACCUUUCUCAAAUAAAUGGGCAUUAUUUCUUCACACUAUUUAACUUUACUUUUCCCCGUUGAUCAACUGUAUACAAAUAUAUCAAUUUCAUCAUGUCUUCUUUUCUCCUUUUUCAAAACAGCUAACGAUUAUGUGAUUAAAGUCAAUGAAAACAU